GAAGAACAAUAGCUCAAAAUUAACAAGCUGUUUACUGUUCAUCUCUUGACACAGGAAGUAAAACAAAACGACCGGCCAAAAUGUCUGAUAAAAAGAUGACAACGAGCCGUAGGAACUACCUGAAGAGCUUGAUGCUCCAGAUCGCUGCCGGCUUGCUCGAGGCUGAGGAGGUCGAGGCUGAGGCAGAGAAGGCCAGGUACAUGGAGGAGAACUGCCCUGCACCAGAAUUGUUGGUAUGCAUGGCAGAGCUCACGGACUUGUGCAAGAAGCUCCAUCAGAAGAUCGAGAGGGUUGAUGAGGAGAGAUACGACAUGUCAACCAAGGUGACCAAGUCCGAGAAGGAGGUUGAGGACUUGAAGAUGAAGGUAGUUGAACUGAAUGGAAAGUUCCGGAAGCCCGUCCUGAAGAAAGUACGCAUGUCUGCUGACGCUAUGCUCCAGGCUCUGCUGGGCUCCAAACACAAGGUGUCCAUGGAUCUGAGGUGCAACCUGAAGCAAGUCAAGAAGGAGGUCAAGGAGGAGGACAAAGAUGCUGUGGGUGACUGGCGUAAGAACAUCGAAGACAAAUCAGACAGAAAGAAGAUGUUUGAGACUCAUAAGGAGUAGAAACGAAACCUGUCUGGAACUCUUCUGACAAAUAUCCACGUGUAUAAUCAAAUACUCCAGCGUUGACGAACGAGCUAUGUGUUGGGAUUUCCGUUUGUCCCCCGUUGGAUAUCUAGUCUUUUGUUUC